AUGCAUACACUCAACAAAGCAGCAACAAACCUCCUCAAUAAGUCUUUAAAGAAGAACAACAACAGCAGCCAGGUGAUCCGAGCAUUGCUUCAGGGCGGAUUAGUCAAGCAUCGAACGAAGAGCCGACUCGAUCAGUUUUGUUCGGAUUCUAUUUGCAAACUACAUCAUGUGAGGUUCUUUUCAAAAAACUUGUCUCAACAUGUUGAAACUCCGAAUCAAACAGAGACAUCCUCUACAAAGUCCAUUGGAAGCAUUUACAUUGAGAGAACGAACAUCGGAAUUUUUGGAGCAAUGAAUAGCGGAAAAUCAACGCUCAUGAAUUGUCUUACCAAAUCAAACACCAGUAUCGUGGAUGCAACACCAGGAACCACGGCUGAUGUAAAGAUUACAACAAUGGAAAUUCAUGGUAUUGGACCAACAAAAUUAUUUGACACUCCAGGUACAGAUGAAGCUUCGGAAUUGGGAGAAAAAAAGAGACAAAAAACAAUCACGUCUUUGAAAGAGUCAGACUUGGCUGUGAUUGUCAUUGACCCUUUUAAUUCGAGCAGCAUUGUUCAAUGUAAAUGGCUCAUGAACGAAUGUGAAAAAUACGGCAAACCAUUUUGCGUAUUGUUCAAUGUUUCAGAGGAGAAGAGAGCUGAGGCAAAGAUUGACAAUUUUAGUGACAAUUUAGACAGUAUUGAGACAGAGCUUAAGAUCAAUGAAUUCGAUCAGUCCUCUGGAGUUAACAAACUGUUUUGUGGAGCUGUUUGUGUGGAUUUACAAUCUCAAAUCGCUCACUCGAAAUGUAUCAAAUUUCUUGAGGAUGGAUAUAGGAAGAGCAAAUCGAGAGCCGAUCUUGGUCCAGCUCCAUUGCCAACAAAGCUUCUUCCAAAAAUGGAGGAAGACAGCACUGUUUUUCUGAACAUUCCAAUGGAUGAGGAAACUCCUUCUGGACGAUUACUAAAGCCACAAGCGAUGGUUCACGAAUAUCUUCUUCGUGAGUACAGCAAUGUAUUUUCGUAUCGUAUGAAUUUGAAACAUGCAAGAAGUCACGAUAAAGCUCUGGUGGAGAAGGAACGAAAGCGAUUUGUUGAUAUGGUAAAAUCGCUCAGAGAAAGAGGCAAGCUCAAACUCUUAAUAACAGAUUCACAAGCAAUGGAUAUUGUGCAUCCGUGGACCAUUGAUCCAGAAACAAAGGAAACUAUUGUGGAUAUCACUACUUUUAGUGUGAUCAUGAUCAAUUUUAUGAGCUCUGGUCGAUUACCUGAGUUCUUGAAAGGUAUUGAGGCCUUCAAAAAUCUUAAAGCUGGAGAUUCUGUUCUGUUGUGUGAGGCAUGUAAUCACAAUCGAAUUGCAGAUGACAUUGGAACAGUUCAAAUACCGAGAGCUAUUGAAAAACGUUUUGGAAAGGGAGCCAUUCAUGUGGAUACUGUCUUUGGAAGGGAGUAUCAAUUAAUUAAGGAUCUCUCUCAGUACAAAUUAAUCAUUCAUUGCGGAGGUUGUAUGAUUGAUAAACAAAAGAUGAACGCUCGACUCACUGACCUUGCUAAAGCUGGAGUGCCAAUUACGAAUUAUGGACUUCUCCUCUCGUUUCUCCAGUCAGAACAUGCACUUGCCAGAGUGACCAAACCCUUCCUUCAAGUAGGCCAAUCCCCAUUUUCUUCUCAAGAAAGAUCUAAAUAA